AUGGCACAAAAGAACGAGAUCGACUCCACGGCCAAGGUGGACGCGGUGACCACGGACAACCACGCCAAAGUGUCUGGCCAGGAAACCGUCACCAAAGAAAGCGAAAAGGCCAAGCCCAAGAAGGUUGUUGUGUCUAACGAAGCUGAGAAGAAAAAGCAGGCGUUUGUGACCAGAACCAUCUGGACCUUCGUCAUGAUCUUGUCGUUCUUCGCAGUACUCGCGUCUGGCCAUCUUCCAUUGAUUGGCCUCGUGUUGGUGUUCCAAAUUCUCACCUUCAAGGAAAUCAUCGCAUUAACAGCUGAGCCUGCAAGAGACAAAAAAAUCCCAUACAACAAGUCCCUCAACUGGUACUUCCUAAUUGCCACCUUGUACUACUUGGACAGCCAGAGUUUCUUCAACUUCUUCCAAGAUGCCAUCUUUACCAACAGAGUGUUGACCUUCCUUGUCCUCAAUCAUAAAUUCGUCAGCUAUUCCUUGUUCAUUGCUGGGUUCAUCUUCUUUGUGUGGACCUUGAAGAAGGGCUACUAUAAGUUUCAGUUUGCUCAGUUGUGCAUCACCCAUAUGACCCUCAUCUUGGUGGUGUUCCAAUCGCACUUGAUUAUUGACAACAUUCUUAAUGGUAUUUUCUGGUUCUUCUUGCCAUGUGCCUUGGUUAUCGUCAACGAUAUCUUCGCCUACUUGUGUGGUAUCACCUUCGGAAGAACUCAAUUGAUUGAAAUUAGUCCCAAGAAGACCGUGGAAGGUUUUGUUGGAGCUUGGAUCUGCACUGGUAUUGCUGCCACAUUCUUCGCAUUUGUGUUGUCCCAGAGUGAUUACUUGAUCUGUCCUGCAAUCAACUUGUCUACCCACUUGUACAACUUUCCUCAUUGCGACCCUCAGCCAGUAUUCAUCCCCCAAAUCUACCAAUUACCACAAAAUAUCGUGGAUAUUUUGGGCGGACGUUUCGAGAUUAUCAGCUUCAAGCCUGUGUAUUUCCACGCUGCAGUCUUGGCUACAUUCGCCUCCCUUAUUGCCCCAUUCGGAGGAUUUUUUGCCUCUGGUUUGAAGAGGGCUUUUGGUAUCAAGGAUUUCGGUGAUACCAUUCCAGGUCAUGGUGGUAUCACCGACAGAUUAGACUGUCAAUUCUUGAUGGGCUCAUUCAGUUACUUGUACUACCAAACCUUCAUCUCCGUCAACAACAUCAACAUUGGCAAGAUCUUACAACUUGCCAUAAUCAACUUGUCGGUGCCGCAGAUUUUCCAGUUAAUUAAAAGCUUGUUGAGAUACUUGAACAGCUUACAAGUGAUCGACAGCGACAAAUUAAAGGUCAUUUUUGAUAUUUUGGAUAAUUAA